UACACAAAAUUAUGUGAAAUUUUAUGCUAAAAUUUACAUCGGAAAAGAAAAGUAAUAAAAUACUUGAUCACUCAAUGGAAAUUCAAAGGGAUAGUGAAGAUUCCCUCUGACUUUCUCAUAACUAUUUGUGCUUUGAACGUCGUAAAAAGAUGAUCGAUUUUGUGGCACAGAAUAUUGAAUUAAACAGAAUUCUAUUACUCAUUGUGGGUUUGUGGCCUUUACAACAAUCGAAUUUAACACGACUGCAGUUUAUUUUCAUGUCCGCUAUUAUGACAGGGAGUAUUACAUUUCUGAUGAAGGAUUUAUUGAUACAACUUCAGUAUAUAUGUAACGGAUUAAGAGAUAAAAACGAAAUCGCUAUUAUGAAAAAAUAUAAUUACAUUGCAAGCCGUUACACAACUGCAUUCACAAUAACAAUCGUUUCUACCAUGUUUGGUUAUAUACUUAUGAUAUUUUGGCCGGAUAUUAUGCAUAUUAUAUUACCAAAUAUAACUCAAACACAUCAACUGCCGAUUAAAAUGGAAUAUUUUAUCGAUCAAGAAAAAUAUUUCUUUUGGAUUGCGUUAUACAUCGGUGUGGAACUAUAUCUCGGGAUUACUUCAUUCAUAGGAAUAGGAUCUUUCCUUAUCAUGUAUAUUCAAUGUAUCUGUGGCAUGUUUAGAAUUUCCAGAUUAUCCAAACUUUUGAUGUUUAAACUUGAGACAAUGAUGUUCUGCUUAAUAGUAUUCCAUGUGAUUUCUUUGAGUCUUAAUCUCUUUCAAGUAAGUUCUAUAUUAUGUCUUUAUAACUACUAUUUUCAAAUAAUAUAUACGGGAUAAUAAUAUAUACGGGAUGGUUUAAAAGUCUGGAAACAA